UGCUUCUUCCUUCAACACACACACCAGCACUCGAUUCGUCACUAGCAAUCCAUAUACAUACAAUCCUCACCGCCGGCGACCAACACUACGAAGACCACCGUAUCAUUCAUCAGAGAGAUACAGAGAUAGAGAAGGAGAAAGUGAAGGAAGUUUUGAGGGAUGCGAUCCUCCGCGGCGAGGUGGCGGUGGGGAUUGUCAUUCAAUGCGGCGGUUGAAUCAGGAGCGAGAGGGCCUCGCUGUUAAUGGCUGGUUUGCAAUUGCAAAUGACUUGGCAGACCAAUUUGUUAUUGAAGAAACGCAAGAACGGUCCUCCAUUAGGGUUCAAGAAUCUUGGUAAUACCUGCUACCUCAACGCCGUCCUCCAGUGCUUGACCUACACUCCUCCCCUCGCCAAUUUCUGCCUCCAACACCAGCACUCUGCCUUCUGUAUGUACUCCUCUUGUUCUACUUGCUCUCAUCUUUCUCGUGAGUCCCUGGUGCAGCAGGACAGGAAGAGUGAUUGUCCGUUUUGUUUACUAGAGAAGAGAAUUGUACGAUCUUUGAGCAUUGACUUAACCCUAGAAACGCCUGGCAAGAUCAUAGGCGGCUUGAAAAUUUUUGCAGAGCAUUUUCGUCUAGGAAGGCAAGAGGAUGCACAUGAGUUCCUGCGGUACGUCAUUGAUGCAUGCCAUACCACAUGUCUUCGCCUGAAAAAGUUGCAGCAGCAACGACGCAAGUUUGUCAGUAAUGGAGGAGGUGAUAGCUUUGGUGGCAGUACAGUAGUUAAGGAGAUAUUUGGAGGAGCUCUGCAGAGCCAGGUGAAGUGCCUUGCUUGUGGCAAUGAGUCCAAUAAGGUUGAUGAGAUAAUGGAUAUUAGCGUUGAUGUAUUACAUAGUAGUUCUCUAAAGGAAGCUUUUCAGAAUUUUUUUCAACCAGAGAUUCUGGAUGGGAAUAACAAAUACAAGUGUGAUAAUUGUAAGAAAUUGGUAGCAGCAAGAAAGCAAAUGUCUAUUCUUCAAGCACCUAACAUUCUUGUAAUUCAACUCAAGAGGUUUGAGGGAAUAUUUGGCGGGAAGAUAGACAAAGCAAUUGCUUUUGAUGAAGUAUUAGUUCUUUCGAGCUUCAUGUGCAAAACAAGCCAGGAUCCUCAUCCAGAAUAUAAACUUUUUGCCACCAUUGUGCAUUCGGGCUUUUCACCAGAUUCAGGACACUAUUAUGCUUACAUCAAGGAUGCGAUUGGUCGUUGGUAUUGCUGCAACGAUUCUUAUGUUUCAGUUUCAACCUUACAGGAGGUUUUCUCCGAGAAAGUCUAUAUCCUUUUUUUCUCUCGUACCAAGCAGAGGCCUGUUCUACCUAACAAAACUUUAGCUACCAAUGGAACAAAGGCAUAUGAUUGCAAUGGAAGUGAUUCCUCAAAACUUCCCAAGUCUGGUCAUAUUACAAAGUCUACAGAAUCACAACAGUGUGUUAAUCAUCAUUCGCAGAAGGUUGAUUCUGGAACGUCAUCCAAGGUUGGCAAAGUGCUUUCUGGUCUACAAAGGAAGUCAGACAUCGCUGGAAAUUCUGGUACCAAAAAGUUCCCUGCAACAGUUAAUAUGAAAAUCAUUGUUCAUAAUAAAGAAAACAAUGAAAAUAAUGGUGAUGCAAAAGCCCCGAACUCGAAGAAGACAAGUGAUAAGAAGAUUCCAUUGUUAGAGGACAAGAAUGGUUUUAGCCAAAAUAAACUUGUUGCAAAUGGAAAUGUUGAGAUCCAGAGGAACAGCGAUGAAUUUGUUGCAAAUGGGUGUAAGACCGAUGCUACAAGAAAUGGAACAGCAACAGGUAAAGUGCCUGGCUAUCAGGAUGCGCAUAAUGGUGUUGCUAAAAGCCUCCCUGAUAAGUCAGACUCCAAGAGGAAACAUGAGGAACAGAAGUCUUGCCAUUUGCUUUCUGAGGAUCAUCAGUCACUAGCAAAAUGCGAAGAACUCAAAGAAAGUCUUGGGAAAGAAGCUUCUUCCUUUUUGCGAAAUUGUGGUUGGACAGAUGAGGUUCAAAGUUUCAUGCGUGCCAAGAAGCUGUGCGCUCGAGAUGCAGGCGAUGAUGCAUUACAGAGGAAUGAACUUAAGAGGAAAUUGAUAGCUGAUGCGAAGGCUAAUCUAAUUUCACGACUUCCUGAGUCGUUGAAAACCAAUCUUAUCAAACGAAUCAGAGCAUUUAGCCAAGAGAAACCAUAUACCGAUUGAUCCAUGAAAGAAUGUCUCUUGAAGAAUUCGGGCUCGAGAUGGGACGCAUCUGUAUGUAUUUUUACGAGGCAUAUAGUGCGUUGAAAGACCGGUUUUCUAAUGGUAAAUUUUGUUUCUUUUUUAGUAGAGUUUGAUGGAUUAUAAUUUUGAAAGGAAACAAGUUAUUGAGUGACGCUUGUGUAGCAGUUAGUUUAUUAGAACCUGAUGAGAAAAAAAAAACAUAUAUAUUCUUUCUGUAAAAUAACCCUUUUUGACACAUAUAUUUAGUGUAUUAGCAGUCACUAUGCCAUUUCUUUGGAU